AUGGAUGAGUUUCUCGGCACACCCGCUGGGCCCUCUCAUGAGGCACUCAUGCCCAAUAUGGCACCAACAUCCCCGGCCUCCACUUGCUCUGGAGGGGAAUAUGUGACUCUGGCUGACAUCGGGGCAGAACUGAGGCGCAAAACUACAUUAAUGGUCACCAAAGAUGACCUUCACCAAGCACCUAACAACCAGCACGCCGCGCUGAAAUUGGAGGUAGCGGGCCUGAAGGCAGACUUUGUGGUUCACGAAACACGCAUUGCUUCUGUGGAACAACUCACGGACGCCAUGGAGAAGCAGGCCAAGGUCUCAGACACUGCCAUUCAAAGGCAGGGAGACCUGUUACUAGCCAUGCGGCGGCAACUUGAGGACAACAGAGGCCGCCAUAACAACAUUAGAAUCCGAGGGAUUCCAGAGGCCGAAGGAACAUGGGAAAAUGUCACGGAAACCCUUACCCAGCUCUUCUGUAUCAUCCUCCGUGAAGAUGCUCCAGAUCACUUCAGAUUUGAAAGGGCACAUCGAGCUCUCAGACCGCUGAGUGUCGACAGUGUUCCACAGGACAUAAUCUGCUGCCUACACUCCUUCCCCCUAAAGGAACAAAUCAUGUAA